AUGUCACUGCUACCAAUAAACAGUUUAUCCGGUUCAUUGCCUGUAUUAUUUAUUGAGGCACGUCUUCAGGGACCACCUGAAAUUAUAUUCUCUCAAAUGGGUAUUUCAUUUGAUGCUGAUAAAUGCAAUAUUGCUCUACUCAUGCGUACAAGUGGUGUAUUACUGGUUGCUUCAGUUGGUUCAUAUAUGAUGUAUCGAGUUUGUGCACGAUUGCUUGGAAGGAAUUUUAUUUGGACAAUUCUGGAACAAGCACGUUUUGAUUUACUUGCACGUGACGAGAAAUAUUUGCUAAAUUCGCGAAUGUCAUAUGUGGUCACCGACGAAUAUAAUAGCUGUUGCUCAGUGGAAUUAGCAGAUGAUGAACGAAAUGAUUGGGACAGUCGUAAUCUUUCAAC